GCGUCGCGGAGAAAUUACAUUGUUACCGCUGUUCGCUGUUUUCGGCAUGCUUUACCUUGGUUAUUUUGGAAUGGCAUAAUUUGUAUGUAUCUCAGAGAUCUGGGAGCCCGAGAUGGAGCAGAUCGACGAGCCCAAAGCAGCGUUUGCGUUCCUGCGGCCGGUGUGCGUGCUGCUGACGCGGGAGCAGACUGCGGCUAACGCCCGGCUGCUGGGCGAGCAGUUGCGGAUGGUGAGCGCCAGCGCGCUGCAGCAGCUGCAGGAGUACGUGCUGUUCCCGCUGCGCUUCGUCCUCCGGACCCCUGGGCCGAAGAAGGUGGGCGCGGUGCAGGCUGCGGUGGAGGGCGUGGCCUACGUGCUGUCGGUCACCCGCGUGCGCAGCUUGGACGUCCUGCGGGAGGCGUUUUCGGAGCUGUGCGUGUGUCUCUGCUCCCCGGGCUCCCCGGGGCAGCCCGCGGACUCCUGCUCAGAGGAACUGCAGCUGGCAGUGCUGGGGGGACUGAGCGCUCUGCUGCAUGCGGCCUGCGGGGAGGUACUGUGGGAGCUGUAUGAACCGGCCGGGCUGCCUGCCCUGGGGGCUGCAGUGUCCCUGCUGCUGGCUCUGGCCGAGCGCGGGGGGGCCCGGGGGGUGCAGACGGGCGCCCUGCGCACCCUGCAGGCCCUGCUGCUGCAGUGUGACUGCCCCGGCCAGCACCAGGCCCCGGGGCCGGCGCAGCAGAGGGCCCUGGGCUUGGCCUUUGCCUGCUUCCUGCCCGGCAUAGCCCAGGGGCUGGGGCGGGUGGUGGAUGGGGGUGUGCGGCAGGGGCAGGAGGUGACUGUGCGGGCGCUGAGGGUGUGGUACACCACCGUGGACGUGGUCAUGGCCGACGCUCAGCUGGCCAAUGGGGACGCCCCGGAGCCUGAGGGGGCGGAGCUGGGCCGGGCUGGGCAGCUGGUGGUUCGGCGGACGGAGGAUUGGGCCAGAGAGACCUCGGUGAAGCUGGCAGUCAUUCUGAAGAGGGUCAUCUCCUGCGUCUCGACGCACCAGCACUGGCGGGUGAGGCUGGAGGGGGUGCGGCUGUCAGACCGCCUGCUGUCCUCCUGCCGCGGCUCCCUGGGCGAGGCCGUCGGGCCCCUGCUGGACAGCCUGGUCGCCAUGGUGACGGACGAGGACCCCGUCGUCAGGGAGGCGGCGCAAGAGAGUGUGCAGCGGUUGAGCCUGGAGGGCGGGGGACACGCCCUGGCCCCCGUCCUAUCGGAGAACCUACACACCCUGGCUUCCUCACUCCCCCGCCUCAUGAGGACCGGGGACGAUCGGUGCAAGACGGCGGCCCUGGGGACCCUGCUGGGGUACCUGCAGCUGCUGGGCCCCGGGGUCGGGGCCGUGCUGGGCUCGGGGGCCCACCUGCAGCGCCUGUCCCGCGCCCUGCUGCAGGUGCUUCAGCUCGACGUGUCCGACCUGCGCGUCGUCCAGGAGACGGUCGCCACGGAUCCCGUGGAGGCCGAGGCGCCCGAGCGAAUGAGGAAGCACUUCCUGUACUUCAGAGACGAGAAAGUCUUCUCCCUGCUGCGGGACGUCUGCAGGCUGCUGGGUUACUACGGCGACCUCUACCUGCUGGUGGACCACUUCCUGGACCUCUACAGGGAGUCCACGGCCUACAGGACUCAGGCCGCCAUCGUCCUGCGGCACGUCAUCGGCGGGGCGGCGGGGGAGGGGGCGCAGGCCGCCCCGGAGCGCGUCCCGCCCAGCCCAGAGGACCUGGGGGCGGCCGUGAGGGCGGUCGUGGAGGAGUUCACCUGCCGCGAGAACUGGCACCUGCCCACCACCGGGCCGGGGUCUGGGGCGGACGGGGAGGGCGCGGGACCGGCUGGGCGGCUGCGGAUCACGCGCGCGGCUGAGGGAGAGCUCCCACGCCGCCCCUCCGAGCAGAACGGCCUCACGGUCCUCCAGCUGCACAGCAACGCGUGGCAGAUCUGCGCCCAGCUGGAGGCCAUCGGGGGCCUGGCUCUGGCGCUGGGGCCGGAGUUCCAGCCGCUGGUGAUGACCACGCUGUACCCCCUGCUAGAGAAGGCGGGGGACCACACGCUGCUGGUCAGCCAGUCGGCUCUCUGCGCCCUGCGGGAGGUCUCCCGGGCCUGCGGCCGCGGGUCGCUGCAGGAGCUGGUGCUGGGGAACUCGGACUACCUCCUGAGCGACGUGGCGCUGAACCUGCAGAGGCUGGGCCUGGAGCCCCACGCGCCGCGCGUGCUGGCGGCCAUGUUGGCUCACGCGGACGCGGACCUGCUCCCGCUGCUGCACGACGUGCUGCCCGACCUUCUGAGCGCCCUGGACCACAACUACGAGCAGGGGACGGAGGAGUUCUGCCUGGUGCUCCUCUCUCUCCUCAGGGCUUUGGUGCGGUGGUUCCCCGUGGUAGCAGGAGAGAGGGAGGGCCCCCCCGGCCUGCCUGGGGCCCAGAGUGCGGAGCCCUGCUGCGGGGAAACUCUGGACGUGCGGCGUUUCCUGCUGGAGUACCGCAGGGAGAAGCGGCUGGCAGAGGGCAUCAUGGGAGAUGAGGAGGAGGCAGAAGACACGGAAGUGCCCAUGUGUGCUGCGGAGAACGAGGUCGAUUUGGGCGUCCCGGACGAGAAGGCGGAGCUUCCCGCUCACAUCGCCAUAGCCAAGGAUGUGAUGGAGAGGUGUGUCCACCUGCUGUCACACCCCAGCCUGCCAAUCAGGCUCAAGGUGUUGGAGGUGUUGGAGCUGUGCAUCCUGGUUCUGCAGACACACCAGAGCGAGCUACUCCCGCUGGCCCACCGCUGCUGGCCUGCUCUCCUGCAGCGGCUCACCAACGACCUCCCCCUGUGUGUGCUGGGGGCCUUCCGGGUGCUGUGCACGCUGGGAGAGACCUCUGGGGACUUCCUGAGGAAGAGGGUGUCACGGGAGGUGCUGCCCAAACUGACGGCGUCGCUGCAGAAACAGGCUCCGGUCAGCGCCCAGGCCGGCCCGGUCUACAGCCACACGCUGGCCUACAAGCUGCAGGCCACCGUGCUGCAGGGUCUGGGUCCGCUCUGCGUCCGGCUGGAGCUGGGGGACACUGAUCUGGAGUUGGUGUCUGAAGCUUGCCUGCCUUAUUUGAGCAGUAGACAGCCACCCAAACUACAGGCAGCCUGCAUCAGUGUUUUCCAGCAGCUGAUGCUGGUGGACCCAGACUCAGUGUGGCUGACCCUGAACGAGCUGCACUGCCUGCUGCCCCACGAGCCCCCGCAUCCAGACCUGCGCCCCGUUUCACUGGCCGGGAUGGGCCAGCCUCGGACUCAGUACACCGACAACGUCCUCAAACUCCUGGGAGACAUCAGCUGAGCGGGGGUGUUCCCCACGGACCAAGGCUGGGGCCUCUCUGUAUUGGUCACAGGCAGCAGAAACCGCUCCGCUCAGCUGAGGGGAGAACCGUCCAACCGGGACUGAAGCAUGGCUGCCACCCUGCCAGGCCUGAGGAACAGAACACCGAACGGACCUGCUCUCCCCCUGUGAAAGAGACUCAAAUCUCCACUUAGUUUUUUCCACUUUGAAAGAACUGCUGUAAAACUAUUGGAGGUAAAAAGUGCAGUACUCCUAGUGACCAGUGGGGGGGACAUGCUAGAGUUGAUGAAGCCAUGAUAAAAACAGCAGAUCAAUGCAGCAUGUAGAGGAUGUAUGAAAUUCGGGAGUGUGUUUAGGCUCCAGAGACUGUUCAUCAUUGCAGGUUUGCUUAGCAAGAAGCUAUUUUCCAUGAUUAUUUACACAGCAUACCAGUCAUGGCAUCAGACCUGGGUAAAACACAAAUUCUCUUUACUGAGCUUAUCUGGUGUAUUGGAGCCUCUGCUAACCCAGCUUUCUGGUUCCAGCUUUUUGGUUUUCUCAAUUGCACCAAGCAAGAUCAAUCAAGCACAGAAAAGUAUUUGAAUCCAAAACAAUCACUUUGUCCCAGGUUCGUAUGUCACAUGGGUUAUCUGAUUCAUGGUUUGGAGAGCAGUGCCCAGUGGGUAGGAUUUGAUAGGCAACCUUCGGUGUACCCCAUUGCAGUAAUUCCCUGCUCCUCACUCAGGAGCGGCUGUGGCUCACAGAUCUGAAUUUUGGGGUGAACUUCACCCCUGGACUUCCGCGUGGCUGUGGGUUUCCUCCGGGUACUCUGGUUUCCCCCCACCAUACAAAUACAUGCCGUUAGGCUACUUGGGGGGGCAUUAACAGGGCGUUGCUGCAAAAGAGCACAUGUGCUCAGUCAACCUACCCUGUAUAAAUAAAGGUUAAUAAUAAAUAUUGGAAUGCAACAUAUAUAGUGGCGGCACGGAUGGUGCAGUGGGUAGCACUGCCGCCUCACAGCGAGGAGGUCCUGGGUUUGAAUCCCGGUCGGCCGGGGCCUGUCAUUGUGGAGUUUGCAUGUUCUCCCCGUGUUUGCGUGGGUUUCCUCCAGGUUCUCCGGUUUCCUCCCACAGUCCAAAGACAUGCAGGUUAGGCUGAUUGGAGAGUCUAAAUUGCCCAUAGGUAUGAGUGUGUGAGUGAAUGAGUGUGAGUGUGCCCUGCGAUGGACUGGUGACCUGUCCAGGGUGUAUUCCUGCCUUUCGCCCAAUGUAUGCUGGGAUAGGCUCCAGCCCCCCUGUGACCCUGUUCAGGAUAAUUGGGUUAGGAUAAUGAAUGAAUGAAUGAAUGAACAUAUAUAGUGGUAAAUGCAUUUCCCAGUAUUAAAAUGGUGAAGUUAUCAAAAAGGCACUAAGGUAUGAACUAAAAGGGAUGAACUAGGCUUGCGUAUUUCACAUUAUUUUUGUAUGGCCUAUACAUAUCUUUCGAUAUCUGAAUGUGGAUAUAAUUUUCAUAUUACAGAUAUAUUUUGAAGAAAUAAUUUAAUUUCAUGAAAUAAUAUUUUAUUUAAACGUAUUGCAGUUAGGGUACAGAAAAUAAAUUGCUCUUAAUACCGUAUUUUCCAAUAAGCCCAUACAUUUGCAAAACCGUUGUAGGAUUGGCUUCGCAUACACAUACUGUGACUGUAACUAUUUUAAGAUGCAAAAGAAGUACUGCCUGACAAUCUCAAACCAAUAAACGCUUCCCUCGUGAGAGGGCCUCGUAAUUAUGUUUUUGGUGUAAAAAUUGUUUGCCGGUGCUACAGCAGUUCUUCAAUCGUCUCAUUGUUGAUAUUUGUUGUGACUGUGUCCCACUCUAUUGAAUUACGACCGGUGAUUAUUCCUUUAUCCAAGCUCGGAAGGACGCUUACAUGUUACACUUGAUUCAUCGGAAUGUGCUGUAAAAAAAAAAAUGCGUGUGAAGGGUGGAAACAUUAUUUUUGGUAAACGCAAAGUGGAAUGCGUAUUUUUGUUAAAUGCAAAGUAUUUUCCUAUGAUAGUCUCACAUAUUGAUAUUGUGUGGGUUGAUAGUUAUUUGUUAUAAGAUGUAUUUGUGGGGGGAAAAUGGUAGAAAGAAUUUCAGGCCUUUAGCAACAGUCAAAUGCGUUUAUACAUGUGUUUAUUUAUGCAUGUGUUCUGAGAUGAGUUUUCUUGGUUAAGUAAAUGAGUUAGCCCUUCUGACCUCCCCAAAUAAUUUGCGAUUCAAGAAGUGUCCACCACACCGACCUCCUGCCCCUCUGAAAUGUGGCCUCAAAUUGAUA